AUGUCUGUUACCUAUAGCCUUGACUUGGAGAUUGACCAAACGCUUGUUGUAUCGUGUCCGGUGACUAUCGGGUCUAUACCUCUAUUAGUAGAGUUAUUGAACCAUACAAAGGCCAGAAAUGGCAGAAGUAAUCUUCGCGAUUCACCACCAAAGAAGGAUUCGCCAACCGCGGAUAGCUGUGUACAGGUGACUAUUACGGACGAAUCGGGACAAAGUUAUUACGUGAUGUCCUCACGGAAGCGAGUUCGAAUGCCGAGUUCGAUUCUUUCCGAACUCUACCCCUCCAUGCCCAGCCCUUACUACAGGGAGUCAUGUUUCGGUCCAGUGGAUAUAUCGGAUGAAAAGGAAUGCGCACAGUACGGAGAAAGGAUGUUUGCUCCGAAAUAUCCAUUUUAUACUGAUUGA